AUGGCAGCCAUCUCGGCCCCUCCCCCAAAGAGUCUGCUGGGCAGACACCGACUGCUGGCACCCUCGGCAUCGGUCCGGGUCAGUCCCAUUUCCCUGGGGGGCAUGAGCCUGGGAAAUGCCUGGGCGGGCAUGAUGGGCGACUGCAGCAAGGAAACGGCCUUCGAGCUGCUCGACACUUACUACGAGCUGGGCGGCAACUUUAUCGACCUGGCCAAUGCCUACCAUGGAGGUCAGAGUGAGGUGUGGACGGGCGAGUGGCUAGCGAAGACCGGCCGCCGUUCGGAGAUGGUCAUCGCGACCAAAUAUACGCUGUCACCCAUGACCGGGCAACAGGUACAGGAGAGCAACUAUGGGGGCAACAGCACCAAGAGCAUGCAUGUUUCCAUCCAGAAUAGCCUGCGGAACCUGCAGACCGACUACAUCGACCUGUAUUAUGUGCAUGCCUGGGACUUCUCCACCGGAAUUCCCGAGCUCAUGCAGUCUCUCAACCACCUGGUGGCCCAGGGCAAGGUCCUCUAUCUCGGCAUCAGUGACGCUCCCGCCUGGGUUGUGACUAAGGCCAAUGCCUAUGCCCGCGCCCAUGGGUUGCGUCCCUUCUCUGUCUAUCAGGGGAGGUACUCGGCGCAGGCGCGGGAUCUUGAGCGGGAUGUCAUGCCCAUGUGUCGUGAUGAGGGCAUGGCCAUCCAUGCCUUCGGGGUUUUGGGCAGCGGCUAUUUCAAGUCCCCCACCGCCCCGGCAAAGGAAGGUGGGCGCAACACUCCCCAUAUGACACUGGGCCGCGAGGAGAAGGUCUCCGCCGUGCUGGACAAGGUCGCCCAGCGUCACAACGUGCCUCUGACAUCCGUGGCGCUUGCAUACGCACUGCAGAAGACUCCCUACUUCUUCCCGAUCGUAGGUGGGCGCAAAGUCGAGCAUCUGAAGGCGAAUGUCGAGGCUUUGAGCCUAGAACUGAGCCCCGAGGACGUGGCAGAGAUCGAGACUGGUUAUGACUUCGAUCUGGGGUUCCCACACAACUUCCUGUGUCCAUUUGGAUAUGCUCCUCGGGGACCACAAGAUGUUGCUUUCCUCGGAGGAAUGGGCCACUUUGAUUAUGUGGCUCCGACGUUGCCCAUUCGGCCUCACAAAGGAUAG